AUGACGCCCAGGGAUCUUGGCGACGGUAUAUACAUCCGCGGCCAGGUGGACGGCGUUCCAGUCACUUUCCAGCAGACACGGGACAACGAUGACAAUCAUAUGGUGUUGAUGGGAUUAACCUGUCUUCGCGGGGCUUCAAUUCGAAAGUUAGAUGUAAGAGAAAGACAACCAACCAACUUCCAAUACCACCAUAUUGCAGAUGAGAGAUGCCGUGUGUUCAAUGCCUACGAACCAGAUGACAGAGACACAGACGCUUCAGGGUUCCAACAGAAAAGAGCAAUGCAUACUCCACCUUUCUACCAGGUAGGACUUGUCAGACCAGCUAUUUUAGGAAGCUGUGUAGCUACGGAGAAGAGGAAUAAGAAGAAAAAACGGCGAGACGAAACAGCGUCAGGCAAUAAGAAAGCUAAGAUGGUAACUGACGAAAGAAGUUCACUGAAGAAAUCUUAUCGUACCCCGCGAGCAAGCAGGAAAGAGCUAGAUUCCUUGAGGAAAGAUGUUAAGUCAUGUUUCGAGAGCAUUGGCUCGAAAUUGGACAGAUUUUUCAGUAUAGUGGAUACUGCUAUCUCCGCCAGGCAGAGACCAGUAACCAUUGCUACUACUUGUACAGUAACUGGUAACACAAACCCAAAGAGGGUUGCCACAUUGGUGGGUAUUCCCCUCUCACCGAUACAGGAUACUGUGUUUACACAUGAUGUGGAUGAUGACACUUUAUCGUUGAUGCCUGGAGAAAGAGAACGUUCGGAGUUGUUAGGCGAGGAUGGCGCAUCGGAGACCAACGGUCGCAAGGCACACACAGUACCAAUUGACUCUGAUAGUGAUGAUACAAAGAUAAAUGCACUAGAAGAGGACGAUGCCAAGCUCAGUGUAAAUGUUAGCGAGCUGGAGCAAAAGGCUGACGCGGCCGAGCAAUAUAGCCAUAGAAAUUGUCUGAGAGUCUCUGGUAAAGAUGCAAACACAGCGUGUGGUUCCUCUAGUGAAAUGUCGUCAGGACGUUAUUCAAACUUGUCCCUGCUGGGUCACAACAAACAAACAAACGAACUGCACGUGUUGGUCCAUUUGCAUGACGUCACAGGACGACCGAGAAGUCGCGGGGGCGAUGUGGUUACAGUGCGGGCACUUAAGCAUUCACCUAGUGGUUCGAUGGCGACCAAAGAUGGAGAGCCUAUUGUGGUCGUUGCUGGUACGGUGAUCGACAACGGAGAUGGAACGUACGUCGCCUCUGUUCAAGUGUUAUGGACGGGUCCUACGGAGAUACGUGCCAUCAUUGCUGCUAAAUACCAAAAUACAUGCAGGCGUUUCUUGGCUAUGACUCUGUAUGGGAAUUCCGCGUAUUCCCUUCAGAGGCCUCAUGGUGUGUCGGUUAUAUUUCAGGAAACAAACAUUACAGAAAAAACACCAUGUUCUGCUGUGCCGCAUGUUAUUGGCUACGAUAAGAUAUGCAACCUUACCAAACACAAUUUCAACAUGACAAUAUAUUGUGGGCAUCCAACAAGUCGACAUCUAUCUUGCAGUUCUCCGAUAGCUAUAUGGCAAAGGGGAAAAAUAAACGAACUUAAAAAGAACGAUUCCGGUGAAAUAUUUAGUCCAGUUGCAGAAAUACUUAAUAGCACAUAUUCAUUGAAUAUUUCCCAAUCGAAUUGGAAUUCGAAUAUGAAAAGAUACUUUGUUGAAGUGAAAAGUGAAUUUUACUUCGAACCAGAGCAAACUGAGUGCAAUAAUCGACCAGCACUGUUAUCGUGGCAAGAUACAUACCCAACAGGACUGGGGGUAAACCAAGGCUGGAGAAUGUUACACUGCCGCCACAAGCAGGUCAGGGAUACGGACACCCUCAGACGCUGCAUGGCUGGGAAACGAGUUUACUUCAUGGGGGACUCCACAGUGAGGCAGUAUUUUCAAACUAUCAGAUCACAACUGAAUUCCACAUAUCCUAUUCGGAAGGAAGUUAACCGUUUAUUGUUCACCGAUCCCAUACAGAACAUGCAUUUUGAAUGGUCGAUCCAUUCUAUGCCUUACUCAUGCGGGGAUCUCGUCGCAAAAUGCGUUUCUUCUUCCAUUGCUAACACACUUUAUGAAAUACUACAUAAAGAACCACUUCAUCGAGACGAAGUUCAGACCCAGACAUGCCGGCGCAAUGUCACAAUACAAUGA